GUUUCUGAUUUCCCACUUCCCUUCUUUUUCCACUCUUCAGUCCUUCACGCAACAGAGUUCGAAGCUCAAAGCAUUCUCAUUACCAUUCGCAUUCGCAUUCGCUUCCUCCAAUGGAUCCCUCCUCGCUCCCUCCCUCUCUGCACCUCGCCAUGGCCGCGCUGCUCGGAGCCUCCUUCAUGGCCAUCUCCGCCUUCUACAUCCACCGCCGCACCGUCGACCACGUCCUCCACCGCCUCGUCGAGCUCCGCCGCGCGCCUCCCCUCACCUCCGACGACGACGAAGGCUCCGACCACGCUGAUCACGCCGACGACGGAGAAACGGAGGCGGACACCGAUUUCAGAAACUAUCGCCGAAACUUGUCCAGGUCCAUCGACGACUGCAACUCCAACGUGCUUCGGAGCUAUAGGAUUUCCUCCUCCAUGCCCAACGUCGCUUCCACAAUGGAUUGGUUCCAAGAGGACCCUACGAAUCGCGCUUCGUCGCUCGAGAAUCUGCAAUUCGUUCCGUCGGGGCUCCCGUCUCUUCGAACGGGUUCGACAAACGGAGAGAGUGCUCAGAUUUCGUGUUCCUAUAAGAGGAUAGCUUCUGUUGGUAGGAUUAUGACCCCGAGAUCACCGGGGCACACGUUUGAAAGUGCUGAUGAUUCUGACGAGGAGGAAACUCAGCUUGUCGAUGACAGUCGUAUUCCUUUCCCAAAUACCUACGGACUAAAUUCAAACGUGUGCAAUUUGUCUGCUGUUCCAUUCAGAGUUGAGGAUGCAAACUGUGCAAAUAAUCAGAUGUAUGGAGAGGCUUCAGAGGAAGGGAAAACUGGCGCUCAUAUGAAUGGUGAUGCAAUAACAGAUUCACCUUCAGUACAUGUAGCUGGGGAUGUCACUAAUGUCUUGCCUGCAAGAAACUUUGUGCAUGAGACAACAAAUAUAGAAGAGGAGGAAGUAUGCAAAAUGAUUCGAGAAUGCUUAGAUUUGCGUAAGAAAUAUGUUUACAAGGAAACAGUUCCAUGGAAGAUUGAACCAGUGGAAACUAACCCUGACCCGUAUCACUUUGAACCAGUUGAAGCAACAGCACACCAUUUUAGGAUGGAAGAUGGAGUCAUACGUGUUUUUGCAAGUAAAACUGACACUGAAGAGCUCUUCCCUGUUGCAAGCUCAACUAGAUUUUUUACUGAUAUGCAUUACAUUCUAAAAGUUAUGUCUAUUGGGAAUGUUCGUUCUGCAUGCUACCAUAGGCUACGCUUUCUUGAGGAAAAAUUCCGCCUUCAUCUAUUGUUAAAUGCGGAUAGGGAGUUUCUGGCACAGAAGGGUGCACCACACCGGGAUUUUUACAAUAUCAGAAAAGUAGAUACUCAUAUUCAUCAUUCUGCUUGCAUGAAUCAGAAGCAUCUUGUGCGCUUCAUCAAGUCAAAAUUAAAAAAAGAACCUGAUGAGGUUGUUAUCUUUAGAGAUGGGAAAUAUAUGACACUUAAGGAGGUUUUUGAGAGUUUAGAUUUGACCGGAUAUGAUCUGAAUGUUGAUUUGUUGGACGUCCAUGCAGAUAAGAGCACAUUCCAUAGAUUUGACAAAUUCAACCUUAAGUAUAAUCCUUGUGGACAGAGCAGACUAAGAGAGAUAUUUUUAAAGCAGGAUAAUCUUAUCCAGGGAAGGUAUCUGGCUGAAGUAACAAAGGAAGUUUUGACAGAUCUUGAAGCAAGCAAAUAUCAGAUGGCUGAGUACAGGAUCUCUGUUUAUGGAAGAAAGCAGAGUGAGUGGGAUCAGCUGGCUAGUUGGUUUGUUAACAAUGCUCUUCACAGUAAGAAUGCUGUAUGGCUAAUCCAGUUACCACGGUUAUACAAUGUGUACAAGAAUAUGGGAAUUGUUACCUCCUUUCAGAAUAUUCUGGAUAAUGUGUUCAUUCCUCUAUUUGAAGUCACAGUGGAUCCAAAUUCUCAUCCUCAAUUACAUUUGUUUUUGAUGCAGGUGGUGGGAUUUGAUCUUGUAGAUGAUGAAAGUAAACCAGAAAGGCGUCCAACUAAGCACAUGCCUACUCCAGCUGAGUGGACAAAUGAAUUCAAUCCAGCAUACUCUUAUUACCUUUAUUACUGCUAUGCAAAUUUGUAUACGCUCAACAAGCUGCGUGAAUCAAAAGGAAUGACCACAAUAAAGUUGCGGCCUCAUUGUGGAGAGGCAGGUGAUAGUGAUCAUUUGGCUGCUGCCUUCCUCCUAUGCCAUAACAUUUCUCAUGGGAUAAAUCUACGUAAAACUCCAGUUUUGCAGUACUUGUAUUAUCUUGCACAGGUUGGAUUAGCCAUGUCACCACUUAGCAAUAAUUCCCUUUUCUUGGACUACCAUCGCAAUCCAUUGCCCAUGUUUUUCCAGCGAGGUCUAAAUGUUUCUCUCUCUACCGAUGAUCCUUUGCAAAUUCAUUUGACAAAGGAGCCACUGCUAGAAGAAUAUAGUGUUGCAGCAAAGGUAUGGAAGCUUUCUGCCUGUGACCUGUGUGAGAUAGCUAGAAAUUCGGUCUACCAAUCUGGAUUUUCACACCAAGCAAAGGCACACUGGCUUGGGAAUCAAUAUUUCUUCAGAGGUUCUAAAGGAAAUGAUAUUCAUAAGACAAAUGUUCCCAAUUUGAGGCUUUCUUUCCGAUAUGAGACAUGGAAAGAGGAAAUGCAAUAUAUUUACGCAGGUCAAGCCAUCUUUCCUGAAGAUGUAGACCCAUGAAGCAAGCCUAGUGAAAUUCACCAUUCACACCGUGAUAGCGCUAACAAUAACAUCGGUACUUUGAUCAAUGUUCUUAGCAGCAGCAGCUUUGGUAGUGACAAGUUAUCGUAAUCUUGAAGCUAAGCAACGGUUAUAUCUUAACGUAAUUGCGAACUAUCUAGUGAUAUGCUAUCUUAGCACUCUUAGUUCCUAUUUGCCUCAUAAUAAUGAACAGAUAAUGUCACCAAACCCUGGCAUUUUUACAUGGUAGGGGACACUAAUGCUAGUUAUUUAUUAGAAGUAAUUAGUAGUUAUUAUAAUACAAUUCGUCUUCACAGAGAUACGAAAGUAACUUACACGACACUUUUUCA